UUGACAUAGAGACAGAGAAGGAAGUCCAAAAAUUCUGAAAUUGGUGAAGUAAAUUUGAUUUUGGCGGGUUAAAGAGGCGGGAGCCAAAUCAUGAAGCAAGGGUUUAUCAAAUGCCAUCCUUAUCUACCAUCUACACCACAAAUUUCCUGUGUUUUCAUCUUCUACGAUCAGAGUUCAUUAGCAUCUGAGGCUAGAUUAGCAGGACCUGUGCAUUAUCGUUGGAUGUAUUCUGUUGAGAGGUACUUGAGUAGAUUAAAGUCAUAUGUGCGAAAUAGAAGUCGACCGGAGGGUAGUAUGGCAAAAGGAUACCUUGCAAAUGAAUGCUUGACAUUUUGCUCGAGGUAUAUGGAAGAUGUUGAGACACGGUUCAACCGGAUGUCUUGAAAUUAUGAUGAGGGGGUAAUGGCACCGAAGGAUUAUCUAUUUUCUCAAUGCCUGGCCGACCAUUAGGUAAGGGCGUGAUAGACACAAUGGAUGAUGGCACAAAAGAAAAGGCACAUCGAUAUGUGCUAUUUAAUUGUGAGACAGUCAACAAAUUUAUUGAACAACACCGUAGACUUGUUUCCAUACAAAAUCCACGUCUUCGUGAAAUGGCCAUUGAUCGCAUUCAUAGUGAAACAUUUCCAACAUGGUUUGAUAAACAUGUUGAGGAAUUGCAUAAUGCAGGUGAUAGUCAAAUAACUGAAGAGCUUAGAUGUUUGGCUCAUGGUCCAAAUAGAAUUUUCACAAAAUAUAAGCGAUACUUGAUAAAUGGUUUUAGGUUCCAUACUAAGGAGAUUGAGCGAAAGAGGAAAACUCAAAAUAGUGGGAUUAUUGUCACGGCAAAAACACGAAGCUUUGCAAGUGGUAGAGAUGGAAAUCCGGUCUCUGGAGAUGUUACAUUUUAUGGCGUGUUAACAGAUAUAAUUGAGUUAGAUUAUUUGUUUGGGAAGAUGGUCGUGUUAUUUAAAGGUGAAUGGGUGUCACAAUCAGGGAAAAGACAAGAUAAAGAUUGCACACUAGUCAAUUUUGCACGAUUAAUGAAAGAUGUUGAGCCUUUUGUUUUGGCUUCUCAAGCAGAACAUGUAAUGUAUGUAGAAGACCUGAAACACAAAGAUUGGCAAGUUGCUAUCAAGAUAAAUCCAAGAGAUUUUUAUGAUAUGAAUGCGGGGUCUUUUGUGGACAAUGUGGAGGCAUACUUGCAGAGUGUUAUAUGUAAUACACAAAGUGGUGAUGGGGACAAUAAUUUUGAUUUGGUUUGGACAGACAUGUCUGCUGCAAUUGUAGAUGCACCACUUUCUCAGGUGUUGAGAGACAACAAUUUUCAUGAUGAUGGAGAUGAGGAAGAAUUAGAUCUUAUGUGACUGUUAAACUUAUUGAACAUUGCUAGUUAUUUAUAUUUGAAAACAAUUCUAUAGUUUCAUUUUGUUCUCUUUCUUUAUCAUUGUUUUUGUUAAUUUAAUUGAUUGUUUGAAGAAUGAAUAAUGCGUUUUUAAUUUAACUAUGUGAUUUGCAUAUGUGGCUACAAAAUAUUUAUUCACUAUAUGUUACAUUUAGUCACUACCAAGAUAGCAACGCAA